GUCUUGGCUGCGGCGGAGAGGCCAAGAAGAGAGGAGCGGAAAGCUUCUUUUGGCUCUUGGGCAUUGCCCCAAAACGUUGUCAGAAUCUCCAGCGUCCCCCCCCCGUCACCCGAAAGUCACCUGCCCCCCCCGAGGUUGCCGUCCCCCAGCUUAUCGAGGGUCGGGCGCCACUUGUGUGUCCGGACUGUCGAGUUUGUACCACAUACGCAACUUGCAAAGUCGAAAAAGUGGAGGGCGAAUCGCUCGGUUAAGCACAUGGGUGAUUUGUUGCGGCUUUACCAGGCUUCGCAGCGUGGCAGCUUCGGUGCGGCCUGCGGAAAUGACGAGCUGGCUGCAUCCCGUCUUGCCGUGUGCGGAUCGUUAUUCUUGGGCCGGCUCCAUGGGAUGGAUAGCUAUCAACAUGUACGGGGUAUGCGCUUAUCGGAGCGUCCGAGGCCGCCGUCGCAUCCUCGUCCCCACCCCGUGUCGUGUGUGUCUUUUCGCUUUCUGCUUCUUUUGGUACGAAGGCACGGAGACUUGGUCUCUUGGCUCUUGGGAGUCUGGGACUCGAAGCAUGGAGGUCUUGGUAUACGGAGUACUGAGAAAAAAGGGUGGAAGGCUUGUCGUUCUCGUGCCCCUUUCCCUGUCAAUCGGGCACCAGGCAUCUCCCAUGUCCUGUCAAUCGUCCUAUCUCUCUGGCUGGUCGCCUGAAAAUGUACUCCGUACUUCCAGUGCGACAGGUGCUCUGCCCGUGACAUCAGGUACAGGAGUACUUGGCGGCUUGUUUCUCAGGACAGGUCAGUCUUGGACUCUUGUCCCGUCUGGUCGCACCCCAAGACCCCCAGAGACCCCAAGCAAUCCAAGGCCCAAAAAUACUCGGCUCACCUGCUUGGCUGGAAACAGCGCUCCCUCAUCUGAGACGGUCGCAGGCCUCUUCUUCAGACGACACAGAGUGUUGUGACCCGUAGACAGAAAUACCUAAUACAUGGCCAUUGCCAUGGGGA